AUGUCAGAUCCCCGGAAAAGACGCGAGGGAAACAAAACCGACGAGUCGGGAUACUCCAUUUCACCAUCGCUUGUUGAAAACCUUACCAUCGCGACCAAGUAUGUCCAGCAAGGUGACGCUAUAGAGAUUGAUCAACAUGAUGAAUCCUGCACUACGACUCUCCAACGUUUUCUUUCGGUAAACGCAGUUCUGAGCACAGCAUCGUCAUUUGCUAUCCGCCAACAACAAGCGGCAGAGCAAGAUCUUCCGCUUCAGGUCAUCGGAGAAGGAUUUUGCGGUGCGAUAUACGAUUUCCCUAGCAGGGGACUCAUCAUAAAGGCCGGUAGAUCAAACAAGAAGCAAGAGAUGUGGGCUGAUCAUGUGGCUCACGUCAAGAUGUGGGAGGCUUCGAAAACCACAAAGUCUUACGCCAUGCCAAGACCUGCAUAUAUCGUACAAGUCGAGGACCUUCAAGCUUGGAAGAUUGCUCACCGCAAGGAGAUCAAGAGUCACUCAGGAUUCUUCUUCGAUCCCAGCGCGAUCAUGGUAUCUGAACGUAUUCUCCCACUACCUCGAAGCAUCCGUGAGGCGCUUGUGUCCGUCUUCUGUCCGUCCGACAUGAAAGCCGCCGCUUCAAACAACCCAGCAAACAAGCAUUGCUUGAUACGCAUUUACCUUGGACGCAGACGCAUGAAUCAACGAGUCGAAAACAAAUUCUCUCUGCGAAACUUUGAGCUCACGCUCGAUAAGAUGGAGAUCUUGGGUGUAGACCCCCAGCAAUAUGUUCAGCCAAUGGCUGAGGCUUUGGCGGUCAUGCACUGGGCUGCUCAGAUUGAUGGUGCAGAUGUCGAAUUCGUUCUUGGCAGUUCUCCCGAGCGUCGCAUAUCUGCUCAAACCCUGGACUCAAUUGACCUUGAAGGGGAUAUCAUCACGACGUGGAAUAUGGAUGAAUCGAAAUCAAGCGGCAUCAACUUUCUCCGACGCAGCGUGAGCAUCUUCUUACUGGAUUUCAAUCAAUGCAGAAGAAUGCCGCCCACUCCCAAGGGCAUUGAUGAUGCUGUCAAAGCAUUCUGGGAAAAUGACCCAUACUAUCCAAGACCUGGCUACAAGAAGGGAUCCCAAGAGUGGAUGCUUUGGGAACAGUUCAAGGGCCACUACUUAGUCAAGAGUUACAAGAUUCUAGAUGACUCUGCUACAAUGCCCGCCGAGUUUCUCCGCAGAGUCGAAGAGCAUGGAAAUUCAGCUGCAAGGCAGCUAUUCAUGGGCGGCCCCCCUCCAAAUUCUGCUACGGCUUCCUCAAGUCCCACUCCUGGUCCUUCAAGCUCUAUGCAAGCUUCACAGAGCCCGAUACCGGGUUCUUCAAGCUCUAUAGCAGACACGAAGAAAGGCAACAACAACAAGAAGCAGAGAUACGAAGUUACGUUGAAAAUGGGCGAUAAUCAAGAUCAGCCUUUCACUUCGGAAAGCGAAGUACGCGCCGCGCAGAAGCGCGCAGAACAAUACGCCAAGAUUCCCGUUGAAUGGCGUAUCGAUCAAACUGUUCCCCCUCCCAAAGACAUGGACACCAUUCUUCGUUCAUCUGGAGUCUUGAGCGCGGAAGAGCUUGCUUGUACGGAAGUUGAAGACAUCCAAGUCUUACUUGAGCAGAUUGCGACUCGAAAGUUGAGCGCAGUCCAAGUCCUCAAAGCGUUCGCGAAGCGAGCAGCCAUAGCCCAGCAGCUAGUGAAAUGCUGCACAGAGCUCAUAUUUGAACAGGCUCUCAAACGAGCCAAGGCUCUAGAUUUCCAUCUAGAGUGGACAGGCUCCGUAGUUGGGCCAUUGCAUGGACUCCCGGUAUCCCUCAAGAACAUAUUCGACGUCAAAGGGUUUGAUUCUACCAUCGGCAAGCCGCUGAUUGCAGGCUGGGUUAACCCCAUUGGGAAGCCGGCGAAAGAAAACAGCGUCUUGUCAGACGUUCUCAUAGCUCAAGGAGCUGUGCUUUUUGUCAAGACGAAUGUUGCGCAGGCACUAGUGCUAUCGGACUCCUACAAUCAUGUUUUCAAACAAUCUUUGAACUCACUCAACCGCGAACUGAUAUCUGGUGGCAGAUCAGGUGGCGAAGCGGCACUCGUAGGCUGUCAUGGUAGUUUGUUCGGGAUCGGAACAGACCCCGGCGGUUCCAUACGUAUCCCAGCAGCUCUGCAGGGACUUAACGGGCUCAAACCGACUGUUGGACGACUACCGUUCGAGGAGUCGAGCAAAUGGGAAUUUAUCGCACCGCCAGUGGCUGGUCCUCUAGCAUUCAGCCUCUCGACAAUCGAGACCUUCAUGGAUGGCAUCUUAUCUUGUGAGCCGUGGCGAAGUGAUCCGACGUUGCUGCCCAUCCCGUGGGGCAAGGAGCUCGCGGCCAAGCCAGACAAGCCUCUCAAGAUCGGAUAUUACAUCAAUGACAACGUCGUCCGUAUACAGCCGCCUAUUGAACGUGCGGUACGGGCUGUCGUUGAUAGCCUCACGGCUGCAGGGCACACUUUGAUCGAAUGGGACCCCACCUUGCAUGCCGAAGCUUACAAGGAUUGGACAACUGCCACAUUCGCUGAUGGCGGUGAGUCUCACAGGAUGCUGAGUGAGGCCAGCGGAGAGCCGUUAGUCAAAGGGCUUCUCGUUGGAACUGAAGAAGACAAACUCUCAGUUGCAAAGUCUCGCCAUCUGGCUGCCAAAAAGCUCAAGUAUGAGCAAGAAUACCUCAAGCGCUGGAGCGAGGCAGGUGUUGACGCCCUCAUCACGCCGGUGGCACCCUGGGUCGGGAUGAGACCCAGAGUGUGGGCCAGGUCAAAGCCUCACGUCGGAUACACCUCGCACUGGAAUUGGCUUGAUUAUGCAGCCUUGACGAUCCCCGUAAUGCGAGCUGAAAGCGAUGGUGCCCCGAGCCAGCAGUGGACUGAUCAUGUCCCAUGGAACAACAGCGAUGAGAUAAACUACCAGCUGUAUGAUUUUGAGCAGAUUCGCGGCAUGCCGGUUGGUGUGCAGAUUAUUGGAGGAAACCGCUGCGUGCUGGCGAAAGAGAUCACGAUGACCAGUUCGCCGGCAUCGCCGCGACGGCGACAUAUCCUUUCGUCUGUCAAUCCCGGCGACAGUCACGAGAACACACCAGAGCCAACCAAGCGCAAAUCGCCGCCCGCUCCAACAGACGCAGGAGCAGAAGCGCAAGCGCAAGCAGAACCAGGCGACGGCGAAAACCUGCGACCUAGAUCAUCCCGCUUUCGAUUAAAAUCCAAACAUUCAAAGUCGAGCCGAUCGCAUCGUCACCGCGACCGUGAACGUGGCCAUGAUCCAGACGCCGCCGACAAUGAUGAGUCCCGCUCAGAACACCGCCACAGUCGCCGCCGCCACCACCACCACAGCAGCAGCCGGCGACAUCGCAGACGUUCACGGUCCCCGACGCCACCGAACCCCUACGAACCCCAGGCCCUCGACCCAGACGCCGCAUUCCGCGAAUCCCUAUUCGACGCGAUGGCCGACGACGAGGGCGCGGCAUACUGGCAGGGCGUCUACGGGCAGCCGAUACACGUCUACUCGAACGAGAGGCCAGGCCCAGAAGGCGAGCUCGAGCGGAUGACGGACGAAGAAUACUCCCAGCACGUCAGGCAAAAGAUGUGGGAGAAGACACACCAGGGCUUACUAGAAGAGAGGGCCCGUCGGGAAGAAGCACGGAAACGCAAAAAGGAAGAGGAAAAGGUGAAUAGGAAGCUCCAAGAAGACAUGGAGCGGAGCCUGCGUCGCGGGGAGGAGCGGCGCAAGAAGAGAGCAUGGGUCCAGCUGUGGGAAGAGUACACACGAGGCUGGACGGAGUGGGCCAACAACGUGGACAAGAUUCCCUGGCCCGUAGAAAGCGGUCGACGUAGAGACAUUAACGAAAAGGAAGUCCGGCGGUUCAUCGUCAACGGGCUCGGGCUGGAGGAUAUUGGCGAGAAGGAGUUCGCUGCGAAGCUGCGCGAGGAGCGCGUGCGGUGGCAUCCCGACAAGAUGCAGCAGAAGCUUGGCGGACAGGUGGACGACGAGGUUAUGAAGGAUAUUACGGCGAUUUUCCAAAUCAUUGAUAAGUUAUGGGCAGAUACCCGGUCGAAGGCGUAA